AUGGAUAUUAAGAUCGACAACACUGAACUGCAGCUCCAGUAUACUUGCGAGAAUAGGUUUAGAAAAAAUGACACUUUGGAGCGCCUGAAGCAAGAUGUGGCCCUUGCAGGACGCCUGGGGGUAUGCUUUGGAGUGAAGCUGGUCCGGGGGGCUUAUCUGAACAAAGAACGGAAAUUGGCAAAGGAAAAGGGGUACCCUGAUCCUGUACAGCCAAGCUGGGAAGCUACCAAUGAAAGUUACCGCCGUUGUCUGGAUUUUGGCUUGGACCAAGUAUCUCAAGUCAAGGAGAGAUUUGAGAUGAUUGUGGCUACACACAAUGAAGCUUCUGUGACACAUGCUGUACAAAGGAUGUCACAGAUGGGCAUAAACAAAAAUGCUGGACCCAUUUGCUUUGGGCAGCUGCUGGGUAUGUGUGACCAAGUGUCCUUGGCAUUAGGUCAAGCAGGUUUUGCCAUCUACAAAUCUAUCCCCUAUGGAUCUGUGGAAGAGGUUAUCCCUUACCUGAUCCGGCGUGCUCACGAGAACCAGAGUGUUCUGCUCGGGAUCCGAAAAGAACGGGAUCUGCUUCGCACGGAGCUGUGGAGACGGAUUUUAAGGAGGCCCUGAUGGAAUUUGCAUGUACUAAAGACCGUCCCUUUUUUUCUAGAAUCAUGGUUGCUUCCAAAUCAAGAUCUAACAGGAGGCUAAGAUAUUGUGUUAUUACAUUUGUUCAACUUCCUGUGCUUUCCUACUGGGGUUUCCACUCCUUUUUCUAUUGCAGAAGAUCCAUUUAAAAAAGAAAGAUGGAAUAAGUAUCUAGUGUUUUAUUUGUUGUAAGUGUCAAGUCUAUUCCUGGUUGCCUCAAAUUUUCUUAAUCACAGUGCUUUAAUAAUACUUUAAAAAGUAUUGAUUUUGGAAAGCCUUGAUGAUCUACUACAGUGGUUCUCAACCUCUUUUUCACCAUGGACCCCCUUU